AUGUGUGACCCGGUGGCGGAUAAGGAGAUUGAGCGACUGAGUGCUCAAGCGGAGAACGCGUACGCGUUGCCAGUAGUGAAGGCGUUGCGAGCGAGUGAGGUCACGGGUCGGAGUCUGGAGGACUUGGACGCGUUGUAUCGACGUAUGUUCCGCGAGCUGGCCCAAGAGGAUGUUCAGUGGUACCGUCUGAUGAGUCCGUAUGACCUGGUGAUCCGCGAACAGGAUCGCUGUCAAGGGCUUUGGACCUUUGCGGCCGACAGCUGCACAAUCCUUAUCGACAAGCUAGCAACCACACUUCGACUCAAAGUCAGCACUAUGGAACUAGACAGCCUCUACGACGAACGGCAAUUACUACAGAAGCAAGACGUGCGCAACCACGCCUGGGCGGGGCACGCCGAACGAACCCUCGCACUCCAAUACAAGUGCCGCAAACUCGUCUGGAAAGCGCUUUACGCGCAACGGUACCACCGAUUUGAACUCGCCCGUAAAAGACGAAACGAGCGCGUUUGGACUAUGUGGUACACACGCAGGUACCUUCAGUAG